CACAGGUGUGCAGGCCUCCAGUCAUCUCGCUGUCGUGGAGUGGACUGACCGUUAGUGUGAUACGUCACAUACAUCAGCAUACUGCACACCGACCAGCUGUCAACCACUACUGCUCUCUACAUCAAGACACUCACGUACAUGUAUGUCCUGCAUGCUUAGCUCUGCCCAUCCAGGCCCGCCAUUUUGUAACCAUGACUACUGUGACAACCAUGACAACCAGCAGACAGCUUUCCACAAGACUGCUGUGUUCACUGGCUGUAAAGACAGUGACUAGCAUCAGACCACGACAGCCAUUUGCCGUUGGUGUCCAUUACCCGUACAAAUGGGUUGACUGAGAAAACCCGAGGACAAGUAGUUGACUAGGCGCCUGAGUAAAGUCAGACUCGUGGAGAAGUUAUAGUGAACAGAUGGAAACAUCGCCAUUAGUCGCCUUAGCAACCAUAGUCGGGUAGGCAGCCUGACAAACAUCAACAAUCGCUUAAUUCCAUGAUCGCAGCUGUUGCCUUAUAAAGAUACUGAGGGCAAGAAUGUGAAUGUUGUUCACUGUCCAUCAGCAUGGCCCCCCUACUUUUCUCGGCCCCAAGUCGAGUUUAUCCCUACGUCACUGCGUGCAACGUGUCUUUGGCGUACGUCCACCCGGACAUUCCACCCGCUCCUGUCUCUCUCAUGGGUCAGUUACUGUCGAGGGUCAGCUGCUUGUCUUGUCGUCCUCACGCGGGUCAAGGAGAGGAGACGAGGGGGUGGAGGUACCGCCAACAGGUCACCCCAUCCCAAUCCCCCUUCGGUCUGACAAUCAGUCGUGAGGUGUGUGUGGCGGGUGUCCCUGGUGAUGUCGCCGUCUGCCUGUCACGACACGUCGCGGUGGCCCCUGCAGUGACCGGUCCUGACUACCUUCCAAUCGAUCCCCCCUCUCCUGGGAGGAAAGAGGUGUUUACUGCUGUUUACCUGCUGUUUACCUGCUGUUUACCUGCUGUUUGCCUGGUGCUGCUGAAGGGCUCGCCACUUUAGAAAAUAAAAGACAUUCAGGUACCGCUGUGCGGGGUGGAUUGGGUCGUUAGAACGCUUGGCUUGUCCGUGCUACACGGAGGAUUAAGGGAAAGGCCCUUGAUUCACAUCCCCUGCAGGGUCGACAUGUUUCUGUGAAAAUGAAGCUUGGUGACAGGGCCGCGCGCUUGUCUCCAGACUCACCGGGCUCCUCUCUUUUUCACCUCCACCCACCCCAACCCCCACAGACUCAACGGACGACACAAAACACGGAUGACACGUCACAUAACUAGCCAUGACAUGUCACACACACCGACAUCAACAGCAGCGCCUGAAGGCAAAGAUUUGGUCGUGUGAGUGGUGAUGGUAGUGGCGGUGCCAUACACAGCCUCAGUAUCAUGCCAGAUCUAGAUACAGAGAUAGAUAUAUCUACAUAGUGUGACGAACGAUAUCAGCAGUGACGGCAAACGAGCGAACAUGUGACGUGACCUCGACUGUCGUACGUCACGUGGUGCACGUAGUGCCAGAGGCAAGACGACUUCCUGCCGGCAUUAGCCUCGUGUAGAUGCACAGGUGAAACUGCGGUGUGACAGAAAUCUCACUCAACCAUGAAGCUCACGAAGCAAAUCAACGGAAUUAAAAUAUACCUGGAGGGUGCACAAAGUGCUGCAAGCAGCGAAGGCGACCACCCUGCAGCUGAUGGUCGGGUGGGGAGGCAAAUCGCGCUCGCGGAUAAAGAACAGACAACUCCUGCGCCCUCGCCACCCGAUGUAGCAGACGCACCGGCAACAAGCGAACACGCGGACCAGACCACAGACUCACACCCGGCUGACGACACACAAGCUGCUAAUGAAGACAUGGGUACACCCAAACAGCAGCUACCACCCACAGACCACCAGGAGGCUUGCUGCCGAUAUCGGUGGUCGAAGGUGGUGCCCACGGCCAGUGCAAGGGUCAUCUUCUUCUCGUCUGCCAAGACAAAGGACCCUGUGUUCCUCAUCUGGUCGGAAGAGGGCUCUGCGUACUUCUCGGAGGAGAUGCGCGCGCCGUGCGGGGAGUUUACAGGUCACGUGAUCGUGGAGGGCAAGACGUAUCCGGUGGAGGAGUACAGCAUCCGCAGCUACACCUUCGAGGUUGACCUCUUCAUUAAGGACGAUGUCAUCGAUGAUGAAGUAGCAGCGAGCAGGAGUGUUGUGGAGGAGGCCAAACUUCAACAGCUGCAGCAGUGCAAGCCACCCAGCGUUGACAUCUACCAUGAUAUCACCACUUCUGCUCUCAUAGCUCACACAGCCAUGGAGGUCACUGUAGAUGGAGAUGAAGCUGGCAUCAAACAUAACACUAGAUAUGAAGAUCUGAUCAUGCAACAAAAAAGUGCCCUGGACACCAGUCUGGAAAAGGAACUUGCCGUGCUGCACAAGUCUGACUUCUCCCAGAACAGCACCAGCACCAAGCGCCUUACACCUGUUGGAGACAUCGACAAGGAACUGUAUCAUGAUGAGUUUAGUUCCACACUCGACAGGAGUGGCAGUCUGUUUGAAAGAGAACAUUCUGUACACAGCUCUGCUCGCCACAGUCCCCACAAGUCCUACCUUACAGAGUUUCAGCAGGAGUAUGAGGCUGACAAGUUGCUGACUAAAUCAGACCGCAGCUCUAGUCGACAGUCGCUGCUGGAUCCUUCUGUCAGUGGGGAUUUUGGAAUGAACCAUGGAUCCCCAGCCCAUGGAGGUGAAUCUUCUGGUCGAUCGGUGCCCAUGAGAGAUUUGCUUGGAGAUGAGUAUGUUGCAAGCCUUGAUCUUCAAAAGUCUCCAGCGAGAGUCACCAACAGUUUAGUGCAUCAAUCACCACUUGCCUCACGAUCAAGUUCUCAAAAUUCACGAACACGAACACCUGUGGAUUCUCGAGUAGAAGAUGUGUUGGGUGUUUCCACAUCUUCAUUGCUGAGACAAACACCAAUGCAUGAGGCUGUUGGAGAUGUUCUUGACAGCAAGACCAUUCCAGCCAGUCCAGUACGACCAUCCACCUCCAGUUCAGCCAGGCAAACCCCCGAGAGACAGCCAGGAUAUGCUUCUCAAGGCAGACAACCAUCUGAGAGAGACCAAGACUUGUCCUCUUCCAUUCUUCGAUCUUCAUAUUCCCCAACAAGGGGGAUGACUCAGUCAAGCACAGGUAUCCUGCAAGCUAGCCAGGAGCGAUUAUACACAGCCCAGAACCCUUCACCUUCUGGGGAUCGAUCUCGCCACAUCAGUCUGAGUAGCAGCCAUCCACCGAGCCAGUGUGGAAGCAGGACUCAGAGCCUGAACAGCCUCAGCAGCGAGCAAGAACUGUCACAGUUCUUUAACCACAGUGUUAGCAGUGAACCAAGAAGUACCCCUGACCUCUUUCCAGUGCAUACAGACGACCCCAUGACACUGCCUCCUGUCAUGCGAGGUAGAGAUUGGCCAUUUAGCCCUUCACAGUCCAGCCCCAGUGGUGUGGACAAACGAAGCUUUACUCCCAACACCCUACCUCAGCCUGCAAGUCAUGUGACUCAACAGGCGCCACCCUUUGCUGGAAGGACAUCUCGAGCAUCAGUGACAUCAUCAAGACCUAGCAGUCGAACUGUCACGCCAGUCCCUGGACUCCAGGAGAAUGGAGGUCGUGAGGUGGGUGGAGGUGUGCAAGAUGUUGGUAAAGUUCGGGAUCUGGAAGAAACUGUUGCCACAUUGCGGAAACUACUGAGCAACAGAGAGCAAGAAGCUCAUGAGUUAAUGGCUCAGAUUCGGGACCUGAGGGAGAUAAACAAUUGCCUCAAACAAGAUCUCGAGCAUGCGCGCAACCGACGGACACCUUAUGGCCAUGAAGAGCAGCUCGAGCGACAGUUGCAGCAAGUCAGAAGGGAGAAGGAGGUGUUGGCUGCUGAGGUCGUCAAGUUACAAGAAAGACUUGAGGACAGAGGCGUGACCAGCGGUGGAGCUGUAACGAGCCGAUCCAAUCGAAAAAUUGAUGACCUCGAGGCUCGUGUACGAGAACUGAAGGAAGCCAAUCAAUCAACUGUUGAGAAACUAAUGAAUGCAGAACUUCGUAUUAAAGAGCUGUUGAAAGAAAAAGAAAUUGAAAGCCUUCGAUCGUCAUCACAGCAUAUUCAUGGGCUGCAGAAUGACCGGGCAGGUAUCCAUGGAGACCGCCAGGUGCUCAUAGAAAUUCAGCAGUUGAAAGAAGAUAUCCGAACUUUGAGAGAACGGAACUACUACCUCCAGGAGGAGAAUCUGAAACUGAAAGAAAAGAAGGAAAAGUCACAUAAAGAAAAUCUACGUGUUAAUUUUUCAACAGAUACUCUGUUGCCACCUAAAGGUCACCUGACUUCUGGUCAUCGAUCUGAUGAAAAAUCUUUGACAGCACCAUCAAACAUACCUAAUGGUCACCUGUCAGACCACAGAGUAACUUUGACAGCAUCAUCAAACAUACCUAAGGGUCACCUGCCAGACCAUAGAGUAACCAUAUCAUCAAGACCAUUCAUACCCACAGCUGAAAAGUUUGCUUCUUUGCAUAGCCAGGAAGACCUGAAGAUGAGGGAGAGGAAAGCAGGUUUAGACAACUAUUUGCCUCCUAGUCGAGAACCAGCAAAGAGGCAGCCAGACGAGACUUAUGAGUCAGAUUAUAAAGCAGUAAAGUCAGCACCAUAUACCAACUCUAGAGAUGAGAGAAAAGCUUCGAGCACAGAUAUGCACAGCAGGUACAGAGAAUUCAGUGAUAGGACAGACCUUCAGAGACCUGAUUCCAGCAAAUAUGACAUGGUUCACACAGACAGGUCUCGACCAGACGGAGAGGUGUCUGAACGCAAGAUGUCCUCAAAGAGUGAUAAAUACUGGCAGCCUGGUGAGCAGCUUCGUUUCUCUAACCCUGAGAGGGACCACAAGGAUAACAAGGUGUGGAUGUCAGCUGAAAGACUUCGAAUCCUAGAAGAGGCAGAACUGGAUAGACAAAAGCGGGUCCUAGCUGCUGGAAGCCGAGGUCAAGCACCUUUGUCCUCAGAAGACCCUAUUAACACCCAAGAUAAUCAUAAAUGGAAAAAGGGGGAAAUAACCCUGUCAGAUGACAGUGACUCUACUGCUGUGCUGAUGUCGUACGAUGGUACAGCCAACCCUCUGUCAGGUCAACGGGAGAAAGUCAGGUCAUCGUACCGAGAGCACAGCAACUCCCAAGAAAUGUACUCGGAUCAAGCAUACUCUCGAGAUAAGGACAGCUACAAAGAUUACCGAGAUGUGCCCAGAUCAUACAAGGAGGUGAAUGGAGAUGACAGUGACACACCCACUGAAAUUCUUUUGAAUGCUGAGCCAGGCAUGACAUCAAGUCAACGACUACACCGACAUCGCAAGUCUUCUGUGGGGUCUGAAGGCUCUUUCUCUUCUCUCAGUGAUCCAGAGGAUAUGCUUCGACGUCGGUCUCGUUCUGUGGACACAAAAGGCAAACUGAGUAAUUCUAACUAUGGGCGGACAACUGCUCUCCGCCCAACAUCUAGCACAGAUAAUCUUGGGCCAGGGAAGUCAGUUCCAGUGUCAGCAGGUUUCCGCAGUGUAGUACCACAGCCACUGGCAACACAGCACAACAGAGGAGUACUGUUGCAGCAGCAGUCCACAGUCCCACAGGCAGCUCUUGCCAGCUCUUUCACUCAAGGCUUGCGUCCUUUUGCUCCAUCCUCACCUGCUGACAUUCGGCCUGAUGAUGUUGUCAAGUUUUCUCGGCAAGGAGGAAAGCUGAGUCAAGGAAUCGUCAAAUUUGUUGGGAAGUUGCCUGGCCGCAGUGAUGUUUACCUUGGGGUUGAACUGUAUAAGGAAGAAGGUAAACAUGAUGGAACGUUUGAAGGUGUCCGCUACUUUAAAUGUAAACAGAACAAGGGCGUCUUUGUGGCAUUCAAUAAGGUGGUGAUGGCCUGGGCUCCCAGCUGAAGGCUGCUUCACUAAAGUGUCAUUGGAGUUAAGUGUCAGGGUGGUGAUUCGCUUUGAGAUGGGUCGCCAUUAAGUGGUGACUAGAACAUACAUUUACUGCGACCAGUAGCCUUCAUGGAAUCUCCCACAGUUAGUCUUUUCAUAAAGAUCACACAGAGAAGCAAUGCUGUUUAAAGGGAUGUUACUGCUGUUAGAUAAUUCACAACUAUUUGUAUGUCUUGUAAAGUAGAUAAUUACAUUGGUUCUUGGCUUUUUUUAUUCAUGCGAUCAUUAACUACUUUAAAUUAGCUCUAGCCGCUGUGAAACAUGUCAACUUUUUUGACAAAAUUUACAAGAUGUCAUAGAUGAUGUAUUUUGUAGAAGUGUUUGAUAAUUUAAGACAUGUUUCUAACUGAAUGUACAUCAUGCCUGUCUCACAUGGGUUAUGUACAUGCAUGACAUUGUGCAGGUGUCGGGCUUUCUGUCCUGCAAUGGGAAUAACUGGAAAUAUCAAUGCUCUAAGUUCCCACAGGUAUUUUACGUGGACCUUAAUGAUGUCAUAGUUGACAGGUAUUUAGUUUUUACUUUUUUGUAUUACAUGAAGGUGAAAUUUUAGUGGGUCAGUUUUGGCCUGUGUGGUGUGUUCCACUUGUAAAGUAAAUAUUGUUUUGCAAUUUUAAAAUUCAGACUUGUCAUACCAAGUCCAUUAUCAGGCAUUGCUGGGGCUUUUCACAGCAACUGAAUGCUGGUUAUGUGACAAACACAAAAUCUCAUCUGUUUCCCAGGUAACCAGUUCCAUACAAAAAGUUGGAGUUGUCAUUCCUGAGUACUGCUGAUACCUAGAGUGUUUUUUGAAAUUGCUAUACUUUUUCAUUCCUACCUGUUCUUUCUUGUGACCAUUGACUGCUAACUCUUAUGUUGCAAAAAUGCUUUCUGCACAUUUUUAGUGGCCACCUAAGCAUUUAUUCAGGUGAUAUUGCUUAGAGUUGGCUUUGGAAAAUAAUUUUGUCAUAAACAAGCAAUGUUCCCACGUGCUAAACUAGGGUGAACACAGCACUUGAAAAUAAGUCUGUUUUCGCAGAUUAAAACAUUUCCAGCAUUUAAGACCAACAGUUAUGAAUCACAACACAAACAGCAGUCCUACUGUCAUCAGACGUUGCCUACAGAGUGUCGCUAUUUUAUUUGUUCAUGAAAAUAUGUCGAUUUACAACUCUUUAGUUUGUACUUUGGUAGAGAAAAUUGUCAUCUGUAGAGUUUAAGAACUAAUCAUUUUGUUGAUAAUAAUUGAAUUCUAAGCAUUUUUGCUGAGGUGAUCAUUCAGCUGAGUAGAUUUGUCCACAUUUCAUAGAAAAUAAAACUGACAAAUGAUUUAUGUUUUGUUUAUAAAUCCAGUUUCAUAAUUAAUAAUAUUUUUGUCUUUUUAAGCUCAAGACCUUUGAUCAUAAAGUGAUGAUAAAGCAUAUUAUAAAAUUUGUAUCACCAAGCACAAAUAUUUAGAUGUCGCUCUGUCACGUUUAAACCACGUGACAUUUAAAUGACUUUUUGCAUUAUACUUUUGUAAAGAAUGCUUUCUUUCAACUGGGACAUGGUACCAACAUCUUGUAAGAAUUCUCCAUAAUACCCUGACUGUCCCAUUCAGUCACUGGCAAUAGGCAGUAUUAAUCGUCCAUAUGUCUUCUGCUCAGUUUUGUGUUGUGUCUAAUAAAACAUAGUAUCUACUACAAAUGGAUAUUUUAGCUAGAUGCUUGUUGAUAUAGGAGUACACUAUAUACAUGUGUGUAUAUGAGAGAGCUGUUUUGUAAUGCUUCUCUUUAUCUUUAAUGUAAAUUCCAUCCUUUUUAUAUUUGUAAUGUUAUAUUUCAAUCCGUCCAAACUGUUUACAAUGUCCUGGGUGAAUCUGUUUCUAAAACUAAAAUUUUUUAAAAUUUAUUAAUAGGAGAUGAUCGAUUAAGUAUUUAUUUAUAGGAAGCAGUUGAUAGAAUUAUUGUUUAAAAUAAUUACCAAAGGAUAGGUGAUAUGCAUGUAGACCUGCAGCAGUGACCUUCCCUAAACUUGAAGUGUUUGUACUGAGAUCCAGACCCUGAAGGACAAGGGAGGCACUUAGAGCUGUGUUUGAAAUGUUCAAAUCUCUGUUUCCCUUUGCAUAAUGAGCCACUGGUGAAACAAGCAGCUGUCGUGUCACUGUCAUCUAAGCUUCUCAAUCUUCUGAUGUCAUCUUCUCAAAAUCAUUCAUUAGGAAUGAUGUAACAUUCUGGGGAGGAUGAGGGCUUGGGGGAGAAAGCAUGGAAUUAUUGUAGUUUACAUUUUUUCAGGAGUAAAUGUUUUUGAAUCUGUCAAUGAAACCCUGCAAAUUUGGGCCUGACGAGUUCCAUUGUGUCCCCUAACCUUGCUGACCACUCAUUACUUCUAGUCUUUUCAUCAAAUGUGUACGGCAUGGCCUUAUAAGCUGCUGUUUUCUCAUGGUCUUAUAAUACUUUAACAUCAGUGGAACAUUUGUGUGCCUUGUGGGGCUGUUAGGGCUUGUGUCAUGAAAAAGCAUCUCUGUGCUAAAACCUCAGCAAAUGUGAUAUUGACAAUAUUAAUGACGUUGACAAUCUUAACAUACUUUGCUCAGAGAGGACGAAGUCAAAGGAGGUAGAUUACUUUAAAAUAUUUUGUUGCUAGAUUUUGACAUUGGACACAAGGAAAGGUUUCUCCCAGCAACACAUAACGCCAAAAACAUGGAUCCUGUAGAGAAUACCUGGCACCAAUGUCCUCCACCAGGAAACUGCUGUGUUUUUGGCAUUAUGUGCUGCUACGGUCUGUGCUUGUGGAGGGAAAUUCCAGUUAGUUUGAUUUUGUUUAAUUUGUAUUUAGUGAACUUUUGCUUAGUGGGUGCACUAAAUGACAACUUUUUACUUUUUCCCUGCCACCAAAAUUUCUUUGUUUGAACACGAGGGCUUUGCAUGGUCAGAGACGAGGGCUUUGCAUUUUUUGUUUUAAGCCUAUCAAACCAUCCCACAAGAUAGUCUGCAAGGGAGAGAACCACAGCCAGUUACAGAGUGACGGUGUAACUCUCCAUUGUUAAAUAGUCUACGCUCAUCUGUGAUGAAAUGACUAAUUUGUUCAAAUUAUUAGCAGUAUUUCCAUGGUAAAUGUUGUUUAUCACUUAUUUAGUUUGUAAACUGCAUUUUAUUGUACUUUUUUACCUUUCUGCUGAAAAGGCUUUCCUGUGAUAUUUACUAUGAUAGUUUACUUUUUUUAUCUUCACCUACAUUUUCUUGCCUACUAAUUUACAUUUUAGAUUUCACUGUGGGGCAGAAUGCCAGUCACCAUUCAUAGUCUUGAUUUAGUGGGAGAACACCUGUUGACUGCAGCCACAGCUUGUGAUUUAUGUCAACCACAUCUGUGGCUGGUGACACACUUGCUGGCCAUGUGAUGACACACUUGCUGGCUGCGUGAUGACACACUUGCUGGCCGUGUGACAGUGUAGUUCCUUUAGCUUCUGGGCUUUAAUUAUUGUUCCUCAACUGUUGCUUGUAAGCGAGUACAUGUAAUUAUCUAGGUGUCCGUUGCUCAAGUUACCAGUGGCUUGCUCUGGAAAGACUCAGGGCUUCGCCCACAGUGCCUCCGCUGGCCUCAGCCUUACCAUCUGCUGUACUACUGAUGCUGUUAUGUUCAAACAUGCAACACCAGGAGUUUUGUGAAAAUGUCAUUUUACUGUAAUGAGUGUUAUAAUCAAUGUUUUAUUUAAUGACUUUCUGAACAAUGACAGACAAGUAAACUUAGUUAGAUGAGAA